AUGUUAAGAAGAACAUUUGACACUGUUUCUCUCGUUUUUGGUGGAGCAUGUCUAGGAGCAUUUUGCUAUUAUCAGUAUGAAAAGUUACGACUUAAACCUCCAGCUCCGGCUCCAGCUUGGAAACCACAACUUGUAGUAACUAAAGAAAUGCCUAAUGCUGGACCAAUUUCUGAUUUUUUACAAAGAAAAGCUUAUUAUACCUCAUAUAAUCGACAAUUACGUCAUCCUAGUUGGGUGUUGGAACAUAUUACAAAAGAAUCCUUGAUGCGAGGAGAAGGAGUUGAUCGUUCCAAAUCACGAUUUCAAGAAGAUGAGGAUAUACCAGAAAAAUUUCGUGCUAGAUUGCUUGAUUAUGUAAGAUCAGGAUAUGAUCGUGGUCAUAUGGCACCCGCAUCUGAUGCUAAAACUACACAAGAAACCUUGGAUGAAACCUUUCUUUUAACCAAUAUAGCUCCACAAGUUGGUAAUGGAUUUAAUAGGGAUUAUUGGGCACAUUUUGAAGAAUUUUGUAGAAGGUUGAUAACUAAAGAGGAAUUUAAAAGUGUUUACGUUUUUACUGGACCAGCAUAUUUACCAAAAAAAGAUGAAAAAGAUCAAAAAUUUUACGUGAAAUAUGAAAUUAUAGGUAAUCCACCAAACAUUGCUGUUCCAACACACUAUUUUAAAGUGAUAUUAGCAACCAAGGAUGACUCGAGUAAACCUGAUGGUGAAUUACAUGCUUUGGGCGCCUUUUUAUUACCGAAUGAUCGUAUAUCAAAUACUACACCAUUGCAAACUUUCGAUGUUCCCCUUGACGCUUUAGAACGUACGACGGGAUUGACUUUCUUUGAUCAAGCUAUUAAAGAUUCCUCAAUUCAUCUUUGUAAGGUAUCAAAAUGUAUUCUUGUCGCUAAUCCAAAAUACGUUAAAGAAGAAUUAAGAUCUGCUUUGCCAGAGCCUACAAAAAAUAAUAAGUAA